AAUAGGUGACUCACGAUGGCCGUGGCUUUGGACGCAGUUUGGGUGAGGGUGAAGAAUGUCUGCAAGCAGAAUGGGCUCCUCAUCAUGUCGGUGCUGGCUGUGGUCAUCGGGUGUCUUUUGGGAUUCUUCCUGCGGACAAGGCGCCUCACAGAGCAGGAGGUAAAGUACUUUCAGUUUCCUGGAGAGCUGCUGAUGAGGAUGCUGAAGAUGCUGAUUCUCCCACUCGUCGUGUCCAGUUUGAUGUCAGGACUGGCUGCCCUCGAUGCCAAGUGUUCCAGUCGGCUUGGUUUGAUCACAGUGUCUUAUUACCUGUGGACCACCUUUGUAGCCGUGAUAGUGGGGAUCAUCAUGGUCUCCAUCAUCCACCCUGGUGGUGCAGCCCAGAAGGAGGACUCAGAGGAUAGCGGCAAGGCAAUCAUGAGCUCUGCUGAUGCUCUGCUCGACCUUAUCCGCAACAUGUUCCCAUCUAAUUUGGUCCAGGCCACAUUUCAGCAGUAUCGAACGAGUAGCGAGUACAUUGUGAAACCCAAGCCCACAGUGAGUCUGACCCAAUCAGAGUCAACCACACGGCGAGCACUCAUCUAUGGUAUCCAAGAUGAUAAUGGAACUGACAUCCAGAACUUCGCCCUUGACCUGACUCCACCCCCUGACGUGCUCAUACGCACUCGGGAAGGAACAAGCGAUGGCAUGAAUGUCCUUGGAAUUGUUAUUUUUUCAGCCACCAUGGGUAUUAUGUUGGGAAGGAUGGGACCAAAUGGCAGCGCCUUGGUGAACUUUUGUCAGAGUCUGAAUGAGGCUGUCCUCAGAAUUGUUGCCAUUGUCAUAUGGUACUUCCCAUUUGGCAUCGUGUUUCUGGUGGCCGGUAAGAUCCUGGAGAUGAGUGAUCCAUCAGACAUGGGAAAGAAGCUGGGUUUCUAUGCCAUCACUGUGGUGUUCGGUCUGGUGUUGCAUGGCUUGUUCAUCCUGCCUUCCAUGUACUUCUUCAUUACCAAAAAGAGCCCAAUCGUUUACAUUCGGGGAAUCCUGCAAGCUCUGCUCAUCGCCCUUGCAACCUCCUCCAGCUCUGCCACAUUGCCUAUUACCUUCAAGUGCCUCUUGGAGAACAACCACAUCGACCGUCGUAUCAUCCGAUUUGUGCUUCCUGUGGGCGCCACUAUCAAUAUGGAUGGCACUGCUCUCUACGAGGCUGUGGCAGCGAUAUUCAUCGCACAAGUUAAUAAUUAUGAGCUGGACUUUGGCCAGAUCAUCACCAUCAGCAUCACAGCCACUGCAGCCAGCAUUGGAGCUGCAGGGAUACCUCAAGCCGGACUGGUCACCAUGGUGAUAGUGCUAACAUCCGUUGGGUUGCCAACCGAUGACAUCACUCUUAUUAUUGCAGUAGACUGGGCACUAGACAGAUUCCGCACCAUGGUGAAUGUAAUGGGCGAUGCUUUGGCUACAGGCAUCAUGGCACACAUCUGCAGGAAAGACUUCUUGAAAGAGGGAGAUGGGGUGAGACCAGAAAAGGUGCCACUGAUCUGCGAGGCCAAACCCACCCUGAGCACCCCACCUUUGAUGAACUGCCACAACAACAAUGGCAACUACCGGCCCCCUUCCUCAGGGAUCAAACAUGAGCUCCUCCCUCCCGACGUGGCCCGGCUCAUGCAGCUUGAAGAGGGCAUGCGGCCGCUGACAGAGAGGAAGAAGCCACCGAUUCCUCCAAGGCAACUGAAGAAGGGCAAAGAACAGUGCAACAUUGACAUGAAUGGCCUUGAGACCAACGUAUAGCCUCCUUCUGAAGGUUUAUGUGUUGACUGUGUAGUUGUGCUGAUCAGAGCCUCGGAGCAAAGAACACCAGUACAGGUGGGAGGACAGGACGACUGAGCUCAUCUUCACACCAUGUGUUUGAUUAAAAUGAACAGAUUAUUCUAUAAAUAAAAAAUGUCCUUCGUCUGGAACUUCAGGUUGAACUACUAAUCUCCCAGACUCUGAAAGCACACGUGAGUACUUACAUUGAUGAACUGAUUUCUAUUUGAUACCUACAUUUUAUAUGAUUUGCUGGUUUCUUUUUUUGUUUUCUGUUCAACAUGUUAAUAUAAGACAAGUGUUUACUUUGUUUUAUACUACUGCAAAAAGCCAGUUAUUAGAGUGAUAUAAUAGACGAGUCAGGACUGCAAGAGUCUGGUGUGAGCUGAAUGGCAAGGAGGCAAAGUGAUAUCCUAAUUGUCUAAUUUUGCCUUAACAACGCUGGUGGUGCUACAGGCUGACUGAGGAACAGGACGAGAGAUUUCACCAAACUUCCACUGUGGUCAUGAUUAAGCGUACAAACAUGCAGUAGGAUAGAGAUUUAAAAGAUUUCAUCGCUUCAUUAAAUUUAUCUUUCCUGGCACUUGAACAGCCUAAAAACAUCUACUGGUAAUGUAACGUAAUCCAAGUGGCUCUUGUAUGUAGGUGGAGUAAGUUUAUUUGCUUCUGUUUGCGAUGUGACACCCUCACAUAAAUACAUGGGGGACAAAUUAUACUCCUUUGUUCAUUACCUUGUUGUAGACUGAGCACAGUUUUCAGAACAUUUUACUGUUAAUUAUCACUGGGCAUUAUCAUCAGUUUUUUUUAACAUCUACAUAAAACAAGCAGAGUUUUGCAGCCUAGUUUUGUCACAAGAAAUGAGUGAACGUGUUACGGAGGAUCAUUUUAUUCUAUUGUGGGAAUUUGUGGACCAAGUGAAUUUAGAGCGCUCUAGAAGCAGAGUGACUUUGGCCUACGGUCUUCAGGCGAUGCAGAGGUACAUUGCAAAGUUCAGCCAUAGGUAAAAUGAGACUGCGGCAGUCGGAGUUUGACAAAUCUUGUAGUUAAGCACAUUCAGGACUGAAUUACUUCUCAAGGUGCACCACCCACAACAUGAGGUUUUUAACCUGCUUCAUUCAUACAAUAACCUAUUUUUCUGGUAUAGUUAUAUGUUCUGACUGUGUACAUGUGAGGAACCUUAGAGUUCAGAUUUUCGUAGGGAAAUCUUUGUCUCACUUUCUUCCAGAUAUACACUCAAACAUUCCUACACAAAAACUAAAUUGGAAAAAUACCUUGUUACCUCAGGCUGAACUUUAAAACUUUUCAACUUGAACCUGUGUCAUUUACACCAUGUUUAUCCUCCUGGCCUGGAGCCAUGUCCGAGCACACACAACAGAAAGUGUAAGUCGGGAUCAUUAACUGUAAAAGAUGAUGACAAUGUCAAAAACAUCCUGGAUGCAGAUGGUGUUAUUUUGUGCUGCUGACGUCAUUUGGAGCCAGAGUCUGUGCAGCAGUGACGAAGGGGCGGAGUCUUGGUAUGAAGGUCCUGCAAGUCCAUUCUCCCCAUCAAUCACAGUCACUUUCAGCUGUCAAUCAUGUGAUCUCAAACAACAAAUUAAAAACACACUUACCAGAAAAAUGAAGACUCAAACAUACACCAGCAUUAUAGAACUACCUCAACAGAAAACAUCAUGAGGUGAAGGAAAGAUGUGAAGCAGACUUGGUGCCAAAGCAAUCUGACCACGCUGACAAUACUAGCCAAUAAUUGUACGAUGGUGAAUGGUGGAAAAAAAAAGACAUGUAAUGUAAUGGAUGUUAUUAAUGUGUGGCAAUGAUAAAUGUGGUUGUCACAAGGAAUUGUUGGAAAGCAUUAUCAUUUCCUAUCAUGAAGGAUUACCUGUGUACCUUAUGUUAAAGGAGAUUAAAAAAGGGAAGCACUGAGGCUCAUUUCCGUACUAUUUUGAAAAUUGGACCGACUCUUAUCAUGGGUUAUUUCCAUCAGUUUGGAACCUUCCUAAGCUCUAAAUGGCUGAAUAUAUCAUUGCACUGCUGGCUCUUCAUCGUCACACCAUCUCCCACAUCUCUCUUCCCACUUGGGUGCAUAGUGAGUCAACAAGAUUAUUUGAGAGAAGCUGAGUAUGCCGCAGCAAAAUAACCGGUUGCGCCAGAAUGAGACCCAUAUCUGCACUACCUGCAGAAAUGAUCAGUGACGCCGAACCUGCGGAGAUAGUGAUCAGAUGUUCUGUUGAAUGUUCAGAAAUGCACAGUCUUUUUUUAAAUGAUUUAUUGCUGUGUUUGAUGACCGUAUAUGUGACAAU